GUUCUCUGUGUGAACAUGUGACUUCCUCUCAGCCUGUGCAGCUCGGCUGCAGCUUCCUCUGAGAGUUUUCAAUCUCUUGGCACAGCGACACAAACUUGGAGCGAUUGACACCGGUGCAGAUUUCCCUCCCGACAGUUUUUCCUGACAGACCUGACGAGCACGGAGCAAGAUGUUGAGGCGAAAGCCUUCAAACGCCUCCGAGAAGGAGCAGGUGCAGCCGAAGAAGAAGCUCACCCUGCAGAGGUCCAGCAGCUUCAAGGACUUCAUGAAGCACAAGCCCACCUCUCCUGUUGUGUCGGAGAAGGAGUUCACACUGGAGGAGAAUGUAAGAGAGGAUUUUCCAUCAGAGGAAGUCGUGAAAAGUGGCAGCAAACUGGGGAAGAAAUGGCGAAACGUCAUCUCACGCACGAUGACCCGCAAAACGUCCAAGAUGGUGCAGAAGGCUCUGGCUGAGGAGGGAGGGGAGUCCGGAGAGGAGACGUCUCCCAUCUCUGAUUGGCUUCCGGUUCUGAGCGCAGGACAGAGGACGUCUGUUUGCUCCUCGGGGUCAGAGGACACCCUGCCCAGUCCCGUCUCCCGCCAGCUCUCAGGCAGUAGUGACAGACAGAGCCUGGACAGUGGAUACUGUCAGAGGGACAGCAUGAGGCUGGAGGAGAGCGGCGUCUCUUACACCGGACCGUUCUGUGGUCGAGCUGUGGUUCACACUGACUUCACCCCCAGCCCCUACGACAUGGAGUCACUGAAACUCCAGAAAGGAGACAUCAUCUACAUCAUCGAGAAGCCCCCUGUAGGGACAUGGACCGGGAAGCUCAACAACAAGAUGGGCUCCUUCAAGUUCAUCUACGUCAACCUCCUGCCUGACGAGAGCCCCCCGGUCAGGAGGAGACGCUGCGGCAGCAAAAGCCAACGAGUCAGAUCCAAACCCAAAACCCUGGAGGAGGUGCUGGACAGCAUGGGCCUGACGGAGCUGAGUUCUCUACUGUCCAUGCACGGGUUCCAGAGUCUGGAGGACUUUGCAGGACUGAAGGAGUCUCACCUGAAUGAGCUGAACAUCACUGAUCCAGAGCAGCGCUCCAAGAUCCUGAGCGCCAGCGAGCUGCUCAGAGACUCUGAGGACGAGUCGGAGGCAGAGGAGGAGGAGAACAGAUCUGCAGAGGAGGCCAAGGAGCCCAGGGACUCGGGCUGUUUCGAGAUCUUGGAGAACCUGGACAGUGGACGUGAGGAGGUGAAAAGGGAGGAGGAGCUGCAGAAUGGACAUGAGGAUGUGAAGAGGGCGGAGGAGCUGCAGAUUGAAGCAUCGGAGGAGCAGACCGAUGAAGGAGCAGAGAAACACGAGCAGGAGGAAGUGGAAGAGGAGAAACAGACAGAGCAGAUGGAGGAGGUUCAGGAGCAGCUGAAGGAGGAUCGGAAACAGCUGGAGGGGGUGCAGGAGCAUCCAGAGGAAGUUCAGGAGCAGCUUGAGAAGGUUCAGGAGCAGCUGGAGGAGGUUCAGCUUGAGGAGGUUCAGGAGCACGCGGAGGAGGUUCAGGAGCAGCUUGAGGAGGUUCAGGAGCAGCAGGAGGAGGUUGAGGAGCAGUUUGAGGAGGCUCAGGAGCAGCUGGAGGAGGUUCAGCUUGAGGAGGUUCAGGAGAAUGCGGAGGAGGUUCAGGAGCAGCUGGAGGAGCUGACCCUGGAUGAAGGAUGUUGAGACGAAAUGGAAAAAUACUCCGACUGGUUUUAUUCCUGCUUCUCUGAGACUCUGAUGGAGAUUUAACAACGUGACUGUAGCAGAGUUGGACUGAAGAGAGCAACAUGAUGAUGAAGAUGUUUGAUGUUGAGUAAACUGUAAUUUGUCUUUUUGUUAUCAUUCUGUUAUAUUGUGUGAAUUUCUGUUUAUAAUGGUACAAAUCCCUCGUUUCUCUUCUCUUCACUAUGUCCUUGUCUCAUGUUUUCAUACAGUGACUGUAAAUGUGAUGAAUGUAAAAUAUUUUCUGUUUAACGUGAGAGUUCAGUUUUAAGUUUUUUCAGAGACGUUGUGAUUUUCUCUGACGUUUCUAAAGAUGCUGUAAAUAGAAUGUGAAUAAAACAGUGACGUGA